AUGGCAAAGGACAAGAAGAAGGCGGCAGAAGCCAAAAAGACCAAAAAGGCCGAGAAAGCGGCAAAGCAAGCUUCCAAGGGGGAGAAAAAGGCCAAGACCAAAGCGGCCAGGGCUGAAGGCGGUGACGUCCAAGAUGUUGACCUCGAGCAAGUCUUGGAGGAAUAUCGCCGGCAGCAGGAGCAGUUCCUCAAAAUCACCGAGACCGUGUGCCCCGUCCCGCCCAGACCGAGAGCUGCCUCCACCUUGAUGGCCUCGCCCGCCGACUCCAACAGCCUCCUCUUGUUCGGCGGCGAAUACUUCAACGGCUCGCUGGCGCAGUUCUACAACGACCUGCACGUCUACAACAUCGCCAGAGACGAGUGGCGCCGCGUCACCUCGCCCAACGCGCCGCUGCCCCGUUCCGGACACGCUUGGACUCGCGCCUCCAACCCCAACCACGUCUACCUCUUUGGCGGCGAGUUCUCCUCUCCCAAGCAAGGCACCUUCCACCACUACUCCGACUUUUGGAGGCUGGAGCCCGCCACGAGGGAAUGGACCAAGAUCGAGGUCAAGGGCAAGGACAAGAGCCCCCCGGCACGCAGCGGCCACCGGAUGACGUACUGGAAGCAGUACAUCAUCCUGUUUGGCGGCUUCCAGGACACCUCGAACCAGACAAAGUACCUGGCCGACUUGUGGAUCUUUGACACGGCCAACUACGCGUGGCACUGCCCGACGCUUCCCCAGGCGCAGCUCAAGCCCGACGCCCGCUCCUCGUUUACCCUGCUGCCCUGCGAUCAAGGUGCGGUGCUCUACGGUGGCUACUCAAGGGUCAAGGCCACCGUCGCCUUGAAGAAGAAGAAGAAGAAGGCCGCAAAGGGUCAGAGCCAGGGUCAGAGCCAGAGUGAGAGCCAGGGUCAGCAAAAGAACGUCUUGAUCCCCAAGGUGCACGACGACAGCUUCUUCCUGAGAAUGUCCUUGCCAGCCAACGACGCUGGUCCCAACACCCCGCCGACGGUACGAUGGGAGCGGCGAAAGAGGCCGGCCAACGCCCCGAACCCUUCCCGGGCUGGGGCCACCAUGACCUGGCACAAGGGCCGCGGGAUCCUCUUUGGCGGGGUGCACGACGUCGAGCAGAGCGAGGAAGGCAUGGACAGCGAGUUUUUCAACCAGCUCUUUGCCUGGAACAUUGACCGCAACAGAUUCAUGCCUCUCGGUCUGCGCAAGCCCCGCCAGCACAAAAAGGCAAGCGGUCCGGAUCAGCAGCAGCAGCAGCAGCAGCAGCGCGUCGGCCGCCGCGGCCGAGCGCAGGCCAACGAGGAAGAGCUUCUGAAGCAGCUAGCCGCCCUUGAAACCGGCGCUUCGCUGGACGACGUCGACGGCAUCCAGAUUGAGAGGAGCACGGCGGAGCCUGAAGAGGACGACGAGAAGCCCAUGAGGGAGAUGCCGGUGACCAUGGAGCCGCCGCACGUGCGUUUCAACGCUCAGUUGUCUGUCCAAGAUGAUGUUCUCUACAUCUACGGCGGCACGUUUGAGAAGGGAGACCGAGAGUUUACGUUUGAUGACUUGUACGCGAUUGACCUGAGCAAACUGGAUGGUUGCAAGGAGAUAUUCAACAGGCCAGUGGAGGAUUGGAUUGAGUCCGAGGACGAAGACGACGAGGAUGACGACCAAGACGGAGACGAGGGAGAUGAGGACGAGGAUGAGGACGAGGACGAGGACGAGAACGAUGUAGACGACGAUGCGGAGGGACAUGACGACGCAGGGCACGAGCGCACGCCUAGCAAGCGCACGAGGCAACAAGGCGCCGCAUCAGAAGCUGCGUCAGACACGGCAUCCACGGCGUUUGAGGAGGAGGAGAAGGUGGAGGAUGAUGAUGAUGCAGAGGCGGCGACGGCGGCGUCUGUUGAUGACGGGCUGCCUCAUCCAAGACCCUUUGAGUCCCGGCGGGAAUUCUUUGCGCGCACGUCGGCGGAAUGGCAGGAGAUUCUCAUGACCAGCCUGCGCUGGAAAAACAUCCAGCCAGAGACGCUGGCCGUCAAGGAGAUCAAGGCCAAGGCGUUUGAGCUCAGCGAGGAGAAGUGGUGGGACUGCCGGGAAGAAGUCACGGCGCUGGAGGAGGAGCAGGAAGCCGCGGGGAUCCAAGAGGUGGUCAGCCUGGCGGAGCGGGGGGACGGCGGCGCGGCGGGCGGCGCGGCGGGCGGCGCGAGGAGGAGGUGA